AGCGAGGAAACAGGGUGGUGAUAUCAAAAAGCGCAGCUGGUCUGGCGAUCGAGGCUACUGACGUCCUGAUGGCGGUUGUUGCGCUUCAAGAAACUGGCGGGGAGACGGCAGUUUUGGGACGCAGUGUGUAUAAGGCGUAUGGGAAAAGGACGUCGGAUGUCUCGGUUCUUAGAAACUUGGAUAUACACGUGCCUCAAGAAGCAAUCUAUGGUCUACUGGGGCCUAGUGGAUGUGGCAAAACCACACUAUUAAGAUGCAUUCUUGGUCGUCUGGAAAUCGACUCAGGAGAAAUCCUCGUUCUAGGCAAACCGCCCAACACACCAGGACAUGGCAUCCCUGGUGUACGAGUCGGAUACAUGCCACAGGAGUCGGCAUUGUUUUCCGAGUUUUCGAUGAAAGAUCAUUUGCGGUACUUUGGCCAACUGCAUGGCAUGACGAAGAAGGAGAUUACAUCAAGAACCGAAUUUCUUGUUCAGUUGCUCAAUUUUCCAGAGCCCGAGAAACUGGCAAGAGAUUUAAGUGGAGGCCAACAGAGGAGAGUAUCAUUUGCUGUUGCUCUUUUACAAGAGGCACCUCUUCUUAUACUCGACGAACCGACUGUAGGCGUCGACCCGCUUCUCAGAGCAAAGAUUUGGAGGCACUUGAGGGAGCUAGUCGUACAGACAAAGACAACGAUUGUUAUCACCACACACUACAUAGAGGAAGCACGCCAAGCGGAUAUGGUCGGUCUGAUGAGAGAUGGCAAAAUUCUUGCCGAAGCACCACCCAGUGAACUGAUGGAGAGACACUCCUCUGCAACUUUGGAGGACGUUUUCCUUACCAUCUGUGAGAGUGAGGUUGGUGUCAAUGGCGACGGAGACGCUGUCAUCAAUGAUAUCGAGAAUGAUGCUAGCAGUUUGUUACUAUUUGGAAAGACGUCAGUUGAAAAAGGAAGUGAUGCUAGUGCUGGUAGAUCGUACUUAGUCAACAAGGCAAUGGAAACAGUAAGAGGUUGGUGUCGCAGUUGUGCAUGCACUUCAUGCCAUUGUCAAGCUCCGUCGUUCACUAAAGCAUCAAUAUACAAGAGUUGUACAAACUGUGUCGCAGUCAUAUGGAAAAACAUCAUAAAAUUCAAGAGAAAUCCCGGAUUGCUCAUAUUUAUGUUCCUACUUCCGAUGUUUCAGAUUUGUGUGUUUUGUCUUGCCAUCGGUGGGGAUCCCACUGACCUUUCGGUGACGAUUGUAAAUCAAGAUGCGACUAACCCUGGAUUUGGUGACAUGUUUAUUGAGCAGCUAGACAACACAACAAUUCACAAGAAAUAUGCUGUAAGUGAAGCUGAAGGAAGACAGCAGGUAGUUGACGGUCACUCGUGGGCUGUCGUUUACAUUGGAUCAAAUUUCACGGAAGACAUGAUGAAGAGAGUUCUGGAAGGUUUGAAGGCUGACAAUGAGACGUUGGAAGGCUCGACUAUUGAGAUAUCAAUGGACGAAACUAAUGAGCAGAUUGCUCUAGUUCUUGUGCGAGAGUUUCAGAGUGCGUAUGAGGCGUUUGUGGAGAAAGCUGUCAAGCUUCUGAAUGGGAAUCCUAAAGCGGUUGCUUCUCCAGUUCAGUUUGGACCUCACAUAUACGGCCCCAAGACAUUGAAAUUUACAUACUACAUUGCACCAGGCAUACUCGUUAGCAUAUCAUUCGGGAUGGCGAUCGGUCUGACCGCCAUUACUCUCAUUUUGGAAAGAAAGGAAGGCUUGUUGGAUAGAAGUUGGGUCGCUGGUGUCAAUGUGUUUGAAGUCGUUUUCUCUCAUGCUGUUACUCAGCUUUUUAUAAUUAUUGUGCAGAUGAUGUUUAUGGUGAUAUUUUUGAUAUUAGUUUUCAAGAUUCCAUGUGAGGGGAAUGUUGCAUAUGUUCUACUGCUUGUCAUUCUUCAGGGAAUGACAGGAAUGAGUUGUGGCCUUCUCAUCUCUGCUCUUUGUGACACGGAGAUUGCAGCUGUACAGUUGGCUAUGGGAUUGUUUUAUCCAACACUGCUACUCAGCGGCAUAAUAUGGCCAAUCGAAGCAAUGCCCUUGUGGCUACGAUACAUCAGCUAUUGCCUUCCCACUAUGUACGCAGCUAAAUCAAUGCGUUCAAUCAUGAGUCGAGGUUGGGGGCUGGAUUGGCAAGUUGUGUGGACCGGCUAUCUCAUCACGAUUGCCUGGUUUCUUCUCCUCUUGCUCUUGUCUGCCAUCGGACUGAAGAAGAAAAAGUGAUUUUAGUGAGCAUUUUUAUUGAAGAUUGAUAAUCUUUUGUGAACAUUGUUUACUGAUUUGUUGUCAAAUUUGGUUGGCAUGGGCACGUUAGUAGAGCGACACUGACACACAUAUGAUUAAUAGUUAUUUUUGAUAA